CUAGACACAUGAAAAGAGGCAGCCACGGAAGAGCCGCGCCGAAACCGUGGGACGGGCCAGCCAGAUGGUGCCCCUACGCGUCUGCCACCGCCUCGUCCACCUGCGCGGCCUCCCCUCCUCGCUUCGGCCUCCUCUCCCCUCCACCAUGGCGGCGCCCCAACCCGGCUGCAAAACCCUUCGCCCCACCACUACUUCUUCGCCGUCUCCUGCCGGCCCGGCCACCAAGAGGUCCAGGACAAUGGCCACGGACGCGGCGGCUUCUCCGGCCUCGGCGGGGUGCUCCGCGAUGAAGGCCGAGUUCACGGGCCACGCCGAGUACCUCAACGCGCUGAAUGAUAAAAGGGAAAGGCUUGUGAAAGCAAGUCGGGAUGUGACAAUGAACAGCAAAAAGGUCAUCUUUCAGGUCCACAGGAUCAGCAAAAAUAACAGGGAGGAAGUUCUUUCAAAGGCGGAAAAUGACCUUGCUGCUGUGGUUAACCAGUACAUUGGCAAAUUAGUAAAAGAACUACAAGGAACCGACUUCUGGAAGCUCAGAAGAGCCUAUACCCCUGGUGUACAAGAAUAUAUUGAGGCCGCAACAUUUUGUAGAUUUUGCAAGACUGGCACUUUAUUGGGUCUAGCUGAAAUUAAUGAUUCUUUGCUUGCUCUAAGUGAUGAAUCCAUUGAGCCCUUGCAGAUAAAUGUGCUUGACUAUCUUUUAGGGGUUGCUGAUUUGUCAGGAGAGCUAAUGAGGCUUGCAAUUGGACGUAUAUCUGAUGGGGAAGUUGAAUAUGCUAAAAAUAUAUGUGCAUUUGUACGUGACAUUUAUAGGGAACUGACCCUUCUUGUGCCACUGAUGGAUGACAAUAAUGAGAUGAAGAAGAAAAUGGAGGUUAUGCUUCAAAGUGUAGUGAAAAUUGAGAAUGCUUGCUUCAGUGUUCAUGUGAGAGGAUCUGAAUACAUCCCUAUGCUAGGAACAUCUGGCGAGUCAGACUACGCCUUCUUCGGUGCCGCCGACUAUGACCAAUGAAGCCAGACUGCCUAACAGGCAUGUUUCUGGGACCUAUCUCAAAAAAGAAGCUUUGAACACGACUAUUAUUUGUUGCUUGUGCACAUCACACCGUAGAACAUGUAAUCCCGGCCCUCAGCUACCUGUAUUCUGUAGCAUUGCAAGACUAACCUUCUAGCAUUAUUCUUCUAUGCACUGGUUGUUUCUGUUUCUUUA